GCGGCGCGCGGGGCGGGGCGGGCGCAGCGCGCGGGUGUCGCAAUCGCCGCUCGGCGCGCGCCGCACGGCACCGAGCGAGGCCCGGCCCGGCCCCCCCCGCGCCGCCGCCGCCGCCGCAGGUUCACCCUGCCCUUAAUCCAUGUGAAGACCUGUUGGAAACACCUUGUAGAAACAGAACGGCUUUCAGUCUCCUUGUAAAGUCUGUGGUGCCCAAGAAGAGCCUGUCCAAAUGAGCAAGACAUCUCAACAGAACAGUGCUACCGAAGCCAACGGAGUAAGUGUGAUUCACAGCCAAGCACACACCAGUGGUUUGCAGCAGGUUCCCCAGCUGGUGCCGGUUAGUCCUGGUGGCGGAGGCAAAGCUGUACCUCCCAGCAAACAGGGAAAGAAAAAUUCCUUUGUGGAUAGAAACAGUGAUGAGUAUCGUCAGCGUAGGGAGCGAAACAACAUGGCAGUGAAGAAGAGCCGGUUAAAAAGCAAGCAGAAAGCACAAGACACGCUGCAAAGAGUCAACCAGCUCAAGGAAGAAAACGAACGUUUAGAGGCAAAAAUCAAGCUCCUGACCAAGGAGCUGAGCGUACUGAAAGACUUGUUCCUCGAGCACGCACACAAUCUUGCAGACAAUGUGCAACCUGUUGGCACCGAAACCACCACCACAAACCCAGAAAACAAUGGGCAGUAGACACUGUUGCAGCCUUACGAAACGAACUCCGGAGGCGCAGCUUGUCUGCAACACCUGUGCCGUAGCCAAGCAAAAACUCUGAUCUAUCAUUUUGUGGAGAUUUUCUUCUUUUUAGGUUUAACACUGAGGAUUUGAUACAAUUAAACCAGAAACUGCUUAGGAUAUUUGUUUUAAAUAUUUCUCUCCUCUAAAAGAUGUAUCUAAUAAGUGCAGACCUAAAUUCAUAGUCAACAAGGGGCUUAGAAUAGGGAUAUAGCCUUUUCACAGAAAUGUUCACUUACCUUACAGCUUGCACAAUGGGAGGAAUCCAGCAGGAUGAUUCACUGUAGUAUCAGAAACUCAUAAUUGGAUACAAUGGCUUUUAAAUACCUUUUCAUGUACUUCAGCCCUUUGUUUUCUCCAUUACUUAUUACGACACUGUAGAGGCCGUGGAGGGCGUUUGCGUUCCUGUCUGGUGGGUGACUGCAACUCUGUAGGGCAAGUCUAUAAAGCAUCUCUUAGCUAUAACUGGACAGGAAAGACCUAAUGUGGAGGGUGUAGGAAUAGCGAGCUGGGGUGCUUACUGAUGUUUCCUAGAAAAUAGCAAUAUGCUCUGAUGAUCCAUACGGGCAGUUGGCUUCCAAAUGGCAAAUGAGUCUGCAGCGUCGUGUACAGCAGGUAAAGAAGCACACGGACAAAGCCUUUUACGCCUGUGUUGCUCACAUAGGGGCUGGGGCCUUACGAGAGGGGGAGGUUAGUUUUCAGAAAAUGUCAAAAUGCUAUCAAACCCCACGCUCGGCACAACUGCAUUCUUGCUGGGGUGCAGGCAGUGGGGACAGUAUGUGGAUCUUGGCUAAGCAGGGGCCGAGAAGGAAGGGGCGAGGCAGCGUCUGUUCAGCCAGGAUGUCUGGAUCACUGCACCUUGACGUUCGUCUCCAUUUUCCUGGCUGUUCAGACUUGCAACCAAGAUUCACAGAAAUUCACAGCGAUUUUGAAAAGAGAUGCCCCUAGUUUGAAUAACGGUGGGAUUUCUGUAGCCAUCGUACAGCUGUGCAGACGAAUACCUUCAGUCUGGCUUUAUUUUCAUAACAGUUUUUCUAUAGCAACUUUUUUAAUGCUAGUGCUCAGUCUUUGCCAUGAUCCGUAACAUAGCGGUAUGUACCAUACCGAGGAUUUAAGCAGUAAAAGUAAAGCAGGAACUUUGAUGUAACCUUAAUUUAUUUUCAUUUUUAAAUAUUUCAGUGACGGGGUGGCUGUGUUACAUUUAACCUGUGUGUCUGGCUAGUGGAUUAUCACACUGUCUUAAUUUCCCUCCUACACUACCUUUUUCCAUAGGUUAUUUUGUAGGAAGCUUGUUUGCCUUGUAUCUGUACGUAGGAAGAGGACUUGGAUAUUAUCUCUAUGAAGAUGCUGUUAGAAAAUAACACCUUGAAAAGUUCUUUCUGAAUUUAAACUUUUAAUACAAAGGUAAUUACAUGCGAGAACCUUGUAUGGAUUGUC